GAAACAUCCAAAAAUUGAAAUUUGCACAUAGGUAAUUUACGCUUGCCGUCAGGGUCUACUCUACUACGCAGUUAGUUUUUUUUGCCUAUCACACUUACUCAUAUUUAUUACCUUAUCUGUUUACCUUUUUUUUUGGGUUAAUGAGAUUCGGAUUUCUUCGUCGGACAAGACAAAGGGAAUUAGAUUUAGUCGAGUACGAAUCGCCGAUAGAUGAGUACCGUCAGUCGCGUCCAGGCAUUAUCAAUUUUUCUCACACAAGUUAAGAUUUUUCGACCGCUAUUUUCCGAUUAUCGCGUCGUGUGUCCAUAGUGUACCAAUUGACUUCUGGAUUUUGGGUGAUUAGUGGGAUAAUGCCCUACUGCGACCCUUGGACAGAGGAUUCCCCAAUUUUAGAAGAGUUAUUAGAAGAAUCGGAAGCAGAGAUUAACGUUGAUAAAAAUGAGGCAGAAAUAAAGGAAAUCAAGGAAGACUGAGGCUAAGCUGUGCUGAGGCUUCAAUAGGAUUCAAAAAAAAGAAGAGACCAUAAUCUAACCUAACCUGGUUUUUUGUUUACAUUUCCACUAGCAAAACAAAUAUUGAAAAUCUAAACGAAAAAUGAGUAAUAUAUACAUUUUAGAACCACCUACGUCGGGAAAAGUUUUAUUGAAAACGACUGCUGGAGACAUCGACAUAGAGCUUUGGUCCAAAGAAACCCCAAAAACAUGCAGAAAUUUCAUACAGCUUUGCCUAGAAGGAUACUACGACAAUACAACAUUCCACAGGGUCGUGAAAAACUUUAUAGUACAAGGAGGCGAUCCUCAAGGAGACGGUACUGGUGGGGAAUCGAUUUACGGGGAACCUUUCAAAGAUGAAUUUCAUCAGCGUCUUCGGUUCUCUCGCCGAGGCCUCCUGGCAAUGGCUAAUGCUGGAAAAGACGACAAUGGAUCGCAAUUUUUUUUCACUCUGGCAGCCACUCCAGAAUUGCAGAAUAAACAUACUAUAUUUGGAAAAGUUGUCGGUGAUACUCUAUUUAAUAUGAUUAAGCUUUCUGAGGGUAUAAUUGAAGAUGAAACCCCCAUGUACCCUUAUAAAAUUCUUAAAACUGAGGUGUUGAGCAAUCCUUUUUCUGAUAUUGAACCUAGAGUAAAGGAAAUACAAACUAAAGAGAAGAAGAAGAAAGAAAAACAACCAGGAGUUAAGAAUUUCAAGUUAUUGUCAUUUGGUGAAGAAGCGGAAGAAGAUGAAGAAAUAUCUACCAGAGAAAGUGGGAAGCUAAACUCUAAAGGAAAAUCUUCCCAUGAUGUUCUCAAUGAUCCUAAACUUAGUUCAGAAACACAAGUUGCCCCUGACACUAAGGAAAAUGACGAUAAAGAAGAAGAAGACACUGCUGAACAGCAAUUAGAAAGUAUAAGAAAAAAAUUAAAAACCAGUCACAAAAAAACCAAAAAAGUGGUAACAAAACCAGCAACAAAGACCAGUCAGGACAACGACGAUGAUGCAGCAUUGGAAGAUUAUUAUUUGAAUAAAGAUAGAGAUGAGGAAAGAAAAAAAAAAGUGGAAGAAUUGAAAAAAGAAAUUCAGUCUGUCAAAAAGGAAUAUCACCAAAAUAAGCUGAAAAAAGAUGCAGACUCUAAAGAACAAACUGAAGAUGAUAAAGAGAAAAGCGAAACUUUCAAGCAAUACAAAGAAGAAGUUGAUGUGUAUAGAAACAGAAAUAAAUCCCUUCCAAGAAAAAAGGCCGAAAGAGAACAAUUCACACUAAAAUUACUUGAGAGUUUCAAGCAAAAGUUACAAUCUGUCAAGGACAAAGAAGUGGAAGAAGAAGAAGCUAAAGAAGCGGAAAAACAGAAAAAUGAAGAUCUCGAUAAAGAAGAAACUUGGUUGAAUCAUAAGCUUCAAUUCACAGACAGCUUGGUCUUGGCUAAAGAUGCAAACACAAAAGACGAUGAUUGGUUUGAAAUUUAUGAUCCAAGAAAUCCAUUAAAUAAAAGACGCAGGGGCGAAACUACAAACACAAAACAUACAAAAAAAUAAAGAAAAUGUAACAAUGAAUUGUCAUUAUGCCAACUAUUUUAUAUAUGCAUUGUCUUAACAGUUUUUGUUAAAGAAUUUUAAUCAAAUUAUGGCAAUUUUAACAAUAAAUAAAUUAUAAGAACAUAUGUAUGUAGGUAUGUCUUUUAUUUAUUACACUGUGAAUUAUAACGGAAAAUAUUCAAUAAUCCUUAUCUAAAAAUUUAGUCCUAGCUACAAAAGCCACCUUUUGCGCUUUUUGAACAAUAUCCGGACAAGGUUGUCGUUUUUUCAAAUGACAUUCUUUGAAGAAUCCUUCGUUUCUAGGAAAACCGUUUGUAUUGUCUGAAAAAGUCGUCAAGCCUAGACCAAAAAUUUUUCCUCCCCUAUAUUCCCCUUCAUGGCGCAUUCCAUCGGAACGACAAAAUACUCCAUAACCAUGAAACCAACCUUGAGCAAAUUCACCUUCAUAUCUGCAAAAUGUAAUUUUAAUUUUUUCAGAUGAGCUUAAAUUAUUUUUCUACCUGGCUCCAUCACAGAAAGUCAACACUCCUAGUCCAUUAAAUAAUCCAUCUUCAAACAUGCCGUCAUAUCUAGUUCCAUCUGCAAAAAGUAAAUGUCCUUCUCCUUGCCUGUAGCCUUCAUUAUUCCAGGAUCCAACAUAAAUGGUUCCAUUUUCGUAUCGGUAGCCACCAUAAACAACU